CCAUCAUCUGAUCAACAACAAACUUGCAAUCAUGGCAGGUCAACAACCAGUGUUCGUAAUGAACACAGGUCCAGAACGACAACAUGGACGUAAAGCACAAAUAUCAAAUAUUACAGCAGCCAAAACGGUUUCAGACGUGAUUAGAACAUGUUUAGGACCAAAAGCGAUGCUCAAAAUGAUUUUAGAUCCAAUGGGUGGUAUUUUGUUGACAAAUGACGGAAAUGCCAUCUUACGUGAAAUCGAAGUUGGACAUCCAGCAGCAAAGAGUAUGAUCGAAUUGAGUAGAACACAAGAUGAAGAAGUUGGAGAUGGAACGACAAGUGUGAUCAUUUUGGCAGGUGAAAUCUUGGCUCAUAGCUUACCACUUUUGGAGAGAAAUUUACAUCCUGUCGUCAUCAUUUCUGCAUACAAAAAAGCAUUGGCAGAAGCACUCAAUAUUAUCGAAUCAAUCUCCACAAAAGUUGAUGUGAACAAUGAAGAAGAGAUGCUGGCUUUGAUCAAAACUUCCAUCGGAACAAAAUUCGUUUCAAGAUGGUCGGAUUUGAUGUGCAAAUUAGCACUAAAGGCAGUCAGAACAGUCGCAGUCACAGAAACAGGCGCUGGAUCCAAAGAACAGAGAACGGUGGACUUGAAGAGAUACGCUCGUGUGGAAAAGAUUCCAGGAGGCGAAAUCGAGAGCAGUCGUGUUUUGGAUGGUGUCAUGUUGGAAAAGGAUGUCACUCAUCCAAAGAUGAGAAGAAGAAUCGAAAACCCAAGAAUUCUGUUAUUGGAUUGCCCACUAGAAUACAAAAAGGGUGAAAGUCAAACCAAUAUCGAAAUUACAAAAGAGGAAGACUGGAACAGAAUCUUGGAAAUCGAAGAGGAACAGAUUAAACAGAUUUGCAACACAAUCAUCAAAUUCAAGCCUGAUUUGGUGUUCACAGAGAAGGGUGUCUCAGAUUUGGCACAACACUUCCUCUUGAAGCAGAACAUUACUGCAAUUAGACGGGUACGUAAAUCAGACAACAAUAGAAUCGCCAGAGCAACCGGCGCCACGAUUGUGAACCGAGUUGAGGAUUUACGUGAAAGCGAUGUUGGUACCCGCUGUGGUUUGUUCCACAUCGAAAAGAUUGGAGACGAAUACUUUACAUUCUUGGAGAAAUGCAAAGAUCCAAAAGCAUGCACGAUCCUAUUACGCGGACCAAGCAAAGAUAUCCUCAACGAGAUCGAUCGCAACUUAGCUGAUGCAAUGUCCGUUGCCAGAAAUGUCGUCUUUGAUCCUCGUUUGGCGCCUGGUGGUGGUGCUACCGAAUUGGCAGUAGCAGCAGGAUUACAUGAAUACGCACGUAAUAUCGAAGGUAUUGAGGUAGCACCUAUUCAAGCAGUUGCUAAUGCUAUGGAAGUGAUCCCACGUACAUUGAUCAACAAUUGCGGAGCAAACGUAAUCAAGAUUCUUACUGCUUUGCGUGCAAAACAUGCAAAUGGAGAACACUCUUGGGGUAUCGAUGGAAAUGCAGGUGUGAUUGUUGAUAUGAAAUCGUACGGAUUAUUGGAAAGUGCAGCCGUCAAAAUUCAAACUUUGAAAACUGCAAUCGAAUCUGCUUCCCUGCUUUUACGUGUUGAUGAUGUCGUCUCAGCAAGAAGACCUCGUGAACAAGGCGGAGGUGGUGGCGGCGGAGCACCACAAAUGGCCGAACAAGAAGAAGGCGGUAUGAUGCCAGAGAUGUAAGAAAGUAGAGGGUUAAAAUAUCAAUACAAAAGCACUUUCAACUGUAGAUUAGUGAUGUCGAGCAUUUUGUUCAGUAGGCUAAUGCAUUUAGUGUUAUAUUUCUCGAUGAUGCAGCCUUUUAAAUCAAUAAGAUGAG